AUGUCUCCCCUCCAACUUCCCAAGGUCCCCGUGCCCCAUGUCGAGCUGGCACGGUACAUCGCCGAGAAUCCAGAUCGCUCCAUGGUCGGCCUCCUCGAGCCAUACAGACAGUUCGAGGCUCAGUUGCGCCAAUUCUAUGCCCAAGAGCCCGAUAACGAGAUUCUCAAAGAUGACCAUCUCAAUGUCUUCCCCCUUUUCAAUGACGGCGAGAAGGCCGAUAUCAGAAUCCGUGCCAGGGACCUCGAUGUGGAGGCCCAAGCUGAGAAGGAUCGAUAUGUCAUGACGCUUCCCGACGAGCAGAGGCGUCCCAACGGUUCGUCUGCUGUUGUCCCGUCCCUGAAGGAGUUUCAGCACAACUUCAAUGUCUUCUCGGAGUCAUCGCUCGUUGAUCUUGAUUGGAGCAACGUCGUUGCUUCCGGUUCGUCUGUCGUCAAUACCCUUCUCCCUGUUCCUGAACGCUACCGCGAUUCCAAGAGAGCUCUACGGGAGUUCUAUCAUGAGAAGUUCUGUCCUGCCAGUGACGUCGACCUUUUCAUCUACGGCUUGACCGAAGAGCAGGCAAUCGAGAAGAUCAAGCAGAUUGAGGGGAGAAUUCGUGACUCCAUCUUGACGGAGACGACGACUGUUCGGACCAAGAAUGCUAUUACGAUUUGCAGCCAGUAUCCCACCCGUCACAUUCAGAUCGUCUUGCGCAUCUACAAGAAUGUCUCGGAGAUCCUCACGGGCUUCGAUAUUGACUGCUCUGGGGCUGCCUAUGAUGGCAAGCAAGUUUACUGCACCCCGAGAGCCUUGCAGUCGUACAUCACUCAAAUCAACCACAUUGAUCUCUCUCGCCGGAGCCCCUCGUACGAGAACAGGUUGUCCAAAUACUCACACCGAGGGUUCGAGGUCUACUGGCCCGAACUUGAUCGUUCACGCAUCGAUCCUACCAUCUUUGAGAGGAGUUUCCAGCGCACUUUGGGCUUGGCGAGGCUACUCGUCCUGGAAAGGUUGCCAACUGCGUCCUCUAGGGAUUCAUACCUCGCCAAACGCCGCGAGGAACGUGGGAGACCGCCUCUGAACCGUCGCUACUUUCGAAGUCUUGCCGGAAACAUCAAAGAGUACCACGAAGAUGAGGUUGCCGAGUGGGUGAACGAGGACGAGGUGUCUAACUACCACACAUUCACGGUUCCCUAUGGCGUCAAGUUCCACGCGAAGAAGAUCGAGAAGCUCUGUUACACAAGGGACCUGUUACUCAAUGCAGAAUGGAACCAACCCAAGGAUCGUGAGGUCUACCUUCAUCGCCAUCCUGCUUUUUUCGGUCGCUUCGAAGACGUUAUGAACGACUGUUGCGGAUUCUGUCCCAAGCCGGAGACAGAUGAGGAGAAAGUAGUCCACGAAGAAGAGAGCAAGAUCUACGUUUCCGGAAAAAUUUCCUUCCUUCAAGAUGACCCAGGAAGACAGCAAAUUGGAUCUUUCAACCCUCUUACUGAAGAUGACUGGACUGAGAUGGCCUACAUUGGCAACACUGCUCGCCUGUGCCAGGAUAUUGUUGAUGGCGAGAUUGAGCAUGUUCAGGAUUGGCUGUCUCAAGAUGGCGCUGAUCCAAACACUCGCGACCACACAGGCAGGACGCCCCUCCACCUCGCAGUGACGAGCUCUACCGCGGAAGUCGUGAAGUGCCUUGUCGACCACGGUUCCCGACUUGUUGCACGGCUAGCCGAUGGCAGAACUGCGCUUCAUUUGGCCGCAGAGCGAGGCGACGUCGAGAUUGUCAAGAUCCUCGUGGAGAAGAGUACUGCCAAUGAAGCGGAAGAAGAGGACAAGCAGGCCCAGAUCCAGAAAGACAAGACGGCAUCCCCUUCACAGUUGCAUUCUCAAGAAGACGAGUCUGAAGAUGCAAGUGAUUCGGACGUUGAAGUUGUUAGUGACGCUGAUUCCGACAGCGACGACGAGCAACAGAGCAUGGCAACUGGGUCUUUCGUCAAGGUCAAGAAGGAUGCCGAAAGUUCUGCACCCGCCGGAGCGGUGCCGGAGGACAAGGAAGAUGACCCAGACUUCUACGAUAUCAAUGUCGUGGCUUGGGAUUCGCCGUGUUCCGCCAUGCACUUUGCAAUCAUUUGUGGCAACGAAGAAGUAGUCAAACUUCUCUGCCAGGAGUACGGCGCAGACAUCCUGCUUCCUGUCAAGUUCCUCAACGAGGAGAAGCAGCCGACAGCCGCAAUCCUGACUUUGGUCUUAUCCAUCAAGCUUCCAAUCGAGAAGGCCAAGUCAAUGGCGAAAACUAUUCUGAGCCUCGGUGCCAGCUCUGCUCAAGCCGACUUGAAUGGGUCCACGGCAUUCCAACGUAUUGUAGAAGAGAACGCUACUGGACUCGUCGAGGUGCUCCUGGCUUUCGACAAGAUCGGUGUCAAGAAUUCCAUCAAUCAUAUAGCCUUCAGCGGCUGGCAACAGAUGGACUCGACUCUUCAGCAUGCAAUCAGGGGAGGGGACGUCAAGCUUAUCAUCCAGCUUCUCGACGCAGGUGCAGUGCCACAGAUCGACUUCGAGACUUGGUUGAAGUCAGCCAAACAAGCUGCCAGGAUGGAAAACCAACUGCGUGGGUCGCUUGAACAAAAUACGAAAGCCUUCGAGAGAGACACUGAGCAACCGAUCAUCACCGCCAUCCAAUCUUCGAACCCAUCUAUCGUGCUAGAGCUACUGAAGCGCGGCGCCGAUGUCAACGCGAUGACGAAGCAGUCUUAUCAGAUCGUGCAUAGCACAGCAUUUGGUUAUAGCACCGGGCAGACCGUACUCGAUCUCGUAGAAGACCAGCUCCAGCGCCUGCGCAAGUACGAGCCCCCGAUGGCGAAAACCCCUGAACUCAAGUUUGGAAUGGAAGAAGUUCUGAAAAAGUACAAGCAAGGCACAUGGCAAUACGCUGCUGUGUAUACGGCUGUCUCCUUUGCCCACAAGCGCAACGAGAGAACGCUGAAGGAUCACGAAAAAGAAAAGGCACGCAUUUCGGGAUUGGAGGGUGUUCAGGAGAAACAGGCGGCGAUAGACGCGGCUAUCGCCAAGCUCGAAGAGAUCAGAAACACUCUCGUCGCAUCUGGUGGCAAAACCUUCGUCAAGCUUCAUCCUGAUCGCAGUCAGUCACGUCGACCUCUGCACAGCCGGUGGCAGCCACCAAAAGAGAUUCUCGAGUUCUCAUACGACUUCCAAUUCUUCGGAGUGUCUGAUGUCACAGAGAAGAGGAGGGAGAAAUACAUCGAACUCUUCGAAGCCGCAUGGUCUGGUGACCUCGACAAAAUCAAGGCUCUGACACUGGUCUCUUGGGACCCUGAGAAUAACGAGCCGCCUUUGCAAAUUGCCGUGAACGACCGAUCGAACAGUCCAUUUUCGCUGGCCUACAUGCGCGGACACCUCGAUGUUGCUAAGGCCAUCCUGGAGAUUGCCCAGGCCCAGUAUGUACCUGAGGAGAAGCCCGUGACCCGAUAUCGCAUGCAGACCAGCGAGGAAGAAGAUGAGGAAGACGAAGACGACUCGACGAACGACGACGAUGAGCCGCGCAUCUACGGCCAAAUUGUUGACGACCAAUUCACCAUCGAAAACGUUGGGCAGGUUUCAAUGCAAGUCAAGAGCCGUGUUAAGCCGCUGAGAAUGCUGGAUUGGACUUUUCCAACUCUUCAAUCAGAUGGUAGUAAACACAGGUUCACCGGAGGCCGUACUCUUCUGGAACAUGUCAUCAGCAACGAUGAUCGCAAAGGCCUAAAGUACUACUAUGAUCUGACAGUCUACUUUUCAGAUCGAGAUGAGGACAAGGACGAUGAGAGCAACCACUUCGUUGCACUUCCCCAGUCGGCAUUCUGGAGUGCCGUUGAGAAGGGACGGAUCGGGAUUCUCGCGGACAUGAUAAAGUGGGCUGGUGCUGGACUUCCCCUCGAAGCGCUCGUGAAGAAGACUGGCGUCGAGCUGAAGGAGAAACCUAGGUACUAUCAGGGCCUGACGGUCUAUGGAAAGAAGAGAAAGGACUGGGCUACCGCAGGACGCAACGUCAUCUCACGCCCCAAGGACAGCACUGAAUCGCCCCUUCUUCGUACCGCCCAGAAGGGAUGUAUAGAAUCUGUUGAAUGGUUCUUGAGCGAUGCCCCGCUGAGGAACUACCUCGAAUUCGGCAAGUCGAAGGUGGCAAAGGAUGAUUUGAGGUUGAAUCACCUCAACCAGUCUCAUGGAGGCUUCGAGAAGGCCGUCACGAGGUGGCUGGGUGCUGAGAACGACCUCGUCAUUUCCGCUGCAGUUCUUGGCCCCAACGAUGGUACAGCCCAGCUUCUUGUCGAAUAUCUCAUCAAAGCUUACCCGUCGGCCCUCGAAGCUAAGGGCACGACCGGUAUGACGGCUCUCUUCAUGGCCAGUUGGCUUGGUAGGAUUGACCUUGCGAGGACCCUAAUUGCCAACGGCGCCGAUCAAUCAACCAAGAACACGAGCCACGACAGUAUCCUCCACGCAGCUCUUGCAAAUGACCCAGAGCCCGACAAGCUUGCCGUCUUUCUGAAGCUUCUUGAUCCCGAGCUCCUAGCCCAUCUGGUUCUUGAACGCAGCGGUCUCAACGCCAGCGAUGGGCGAACUCCCCUUCACCGCUGGCUUGCAACGUACGCCAAAUCGAUCUCUGAGAAACCGGAUCGCUACAUCAAAGUACUCCAUCUGCUGCUAGAGCACUCCAAAGGCCAGGAGCUUAACACUCUCGAUGCCGGCGGCGACACGCCUCUGCACACACUCAUCCGCGAGCAAGCGGACCCGGCAAUCAUCAGAGAGAUUCUGAACUACAACCCUCAACUGCUGCACCGCGAGAACGCGGUGGGCCUGACCCCAGCCCAGGUCGCCCACGACGCCUUCGUACGCGCCUGCAUUCCGCAGCACCGUCAUUGGGGAUACGGAUACAACCGCUACGAGGACAAAUCCGUCGCACAGGUUCUUGUGAACAUGAAGCCGGAGGAUUUCGCCCGGCUGGCGAAGGACGGCGGGCCCACCAAGGCGGCGCCGAGGGUGCAGCAGAUCUACGACCUGGCGGCCGAGUUCGCCGCCGCGCACCCGGGCAAGAGGCGUCUCGUGAGCCUGCACGAGGCCAACGACGUCGCCAAGCGCAUCGGCGAGACGUACCAGGGCCAGCGGUACGGCUGGAAAGGCUUCGAGGGCAGGAGGGCGCGGCGGGUGCAGAGGUUGAGGGCCGAUGACUUGCCGGAUGAGGAGGAGGCAGAAGACGGAGGGGAGGAUCAGGGCGUUGACGUUUUGUCGAGGCUCAUGAACACCUUGCGCUCAUCCGCUUGGGAGGAGCCCAAGAAGGAUGAGGUGAUUGUGGAUUGA